AUGGUCGUUGUAUUCUGUUUUGCCACUAUCUUUACAUGUUCAAUCUUUGGCUCUCUGCUACGCUUCGGCAUGACUAGCCACAACAUGCAACGUGACUCUGCAGCUAGUGCCGGAGAAUCAAAGGCAAUCGAGCCACUAUUCCUUGAGUUCUCUAUUCAAGAAGUCCUUACCAACACAUCCUGGAUCCCGGUAGUCGAGCCAUGGGCCAGCCAGUAUGUCAGCGCAGUUCGCGAGGGUAGAUACGGCGAUGCCGUAUGGGCACGGUAUCACAUUGCGGGAGAUGUACACAACGGCAUCGUCGGAGGCACGACCAACAUGACAGUGCUUCAGAGCAUCAAAGAAGAUGCAUUGGAGUAUAAGACGAACGACCCGGAGGGUUAUGCCAACGCUGAAGCAUUCUAUGCACAGACAAACGACCAUGACGGGCAUAAAGAGGUUAUUCAAAUUAUUUUACACCCUAGUUCUGAAGGCGUCCUUGAAAGUGAACUCUGA